AUGCUGCUAGCGCUGGUCGCCUGGAUAUCCUACUACGCCUGGCGCGUCUGCUGGUACGCGACAGCCACGACGACGACGCUCGUCGCGCUCCUCGUCACGGUCGGCGACAGCCUUCUCACAUGGGCGGCGCGCCGCUACGGCGGCCUGUACGUCGGCAAGUCCAUUCGCAUCUCGUGGUCGAUGCUGCAGGGCACGCUCACGAUCGAGCACCUUGCGCUCGCGUCGUCGUUGCGCCCGAUGGUCGGCCCGAUGCUGGGUCUGCCGGCCGACGCGCUCGUGACGCGCAUCCGCCGCCUCGAGCUCUGCUUUCCGUGGCUGUCGAUGCUCGUCUGCCUGGUGCGCAAGGAGACGCGCCUCCCAUUGCGCGUCGGGCUCUUCCUCGAUGGCCUGCAGAUCGAGCUGCUCAUGGACGGCGCGCGCAAGUGGCGAUGGAAGCAACCCGAGAACAAGGCUCGGUUUGACGCGGACGUGGCCGUCGCCAAGAGCAACCGGCUCGCGCUUCUCGAAUGGUGGACAGCGACGAUCCUUGCCAAGCUUGCGCUCUUCCAGAAGCCGCCCGCGACGACCUCUAGCACGAUCAACGAGUGUACGCUCCUCGCGAGCGUCUGGGGCGACGCCUUGGAUGCGACCUUGCAGCGCCUGUCGUGGCCAUUGGCGGCGAUCGACGCGGUCCUCGGCAGCUUGGCGCUUGGCGUGACCAACGUUUGUAUCGUCGCGCGGCCUCCGCCCUGUGCGUAUGCGCACAAGAGCACGGUCACGCUGCAGCUCGAGGGUCUCACGCUCUCGGCUGCCCGCAAUUGCGACCUGGCCGACAUGGACGAGCGCCAGCUGGAGCUCGCGGGCCUGAGUCUCCGCACGACAGCCGACGCUACCGACGAUGCGCCUGCGAUCGAGCACCCGAUGCUGGCGCCAUUCACCAUCUCGGUGCGCCUCCAGAUGCCACCGAUCGUCAUGGGGCUCCACCACGCACCCAAGGACGUGCGUGUCGCUGUCGACCUCUCGCCGCUUUGCCUCGAUAUCGUGCCCGACCAGAUCCAGACGCUUCUGGAUGUGCUCCGGCCGCGCACCGAGCACAGCAUCUGGCUCGCUCAAGCCAUCGCGCACGACGAAGCGAGCUGCGAUGUGAUGACCGAGGCGAUGCGCGAGAGCUACAUUGCCGACUACCGCGCCAAGCACAUGCCCGAGACGCGGCCGUGGUACGUUCGUCUACUGCACCGAUCGCGCGAUGCGGCGAAUGCGGCCGCGCGGGACCGGCGACUCGCCGAGAUGGAAGCUACUGCGCUCGGAAAGGACGUGCUGGUGCUGCGGCAGAUGGCACUCGGGUGGUCGAUUCCGUCGUUUGGCGAUGCGCUGCCGCGCAUUCCGGACGAGCUCAAGGCGGCCGCGGACCUGGCCAAGUUGAUCGAGACGCCACUCGAGCACUACAACCCGGGCCUCGCGUCGCCGUCGGUGCUGGCGGCGCUGCAUCUCACGCUGACGUGGCCACGCAUGGUGGUGAGCGUGUGGGCGUCACCGUCGUCGCCGCUCCUGCGCUGGAGUAUGCACGCGCUGCACCUGUCGCUGCGGCAGUCGAUGCAGCCGAUCACGGUCGAUGCGCGCCAGCUCGAGAUGGACCUCCUGCUGCAGUCGUUUGGCUUGGAGGACACGCGGCAGUCGCCGACGAACGUCUUUCCGCACCUUGUCGGGCGCAACCCCGACUGCAACCACAUGCUCUCGCUGCAGUACACGGUCGACGGCACGGCGACGCAUGUCGGGCUCACGCUCGCGCAUUUCUCGGCGCUGGUGAUUCUGCUGCCUUUCUUCGAGGCCCAGCAUGCAUUUGCCGAGGCGCUCGCCGACGACGAAGAGACGCUCGUGUGGCGCGACGCCGACGAUCUGCCAGCAGCGCAGGCGCCUUUGGUGAUCUACGAAGUCGACGCGCCCAAGACAUUCGACCCGUCGCUGCUCGGGCACAUGGAGCUCACGGCCGACGUCAACGUAAAAGGCGUCGAGGUGUGUCUUCUCGGCGACCCGUCGACGCACCUCUCGCACCAGCUCGCGUUCACAUCGGACGUGAAUGUCGUCGUGAAAAGCACCAAGUACAUCGAGUCGAUCCAGCUGACCAUGAUUGACGUGGCCCUGCAGCCGUGCAAGAUUGUGCUGACAGACGACGGUCUUGACGUGACGCUGCCAGGUCUGCGCACGCUCCUCGAGCUCGAAGGCGACGGCGUCGACUUGGAGCUCAACUACGAGCUCAAGAUGACGCAGAUGGAGCCGUCGACGCGCCGUCUCCAACCCACGCACAGCAGCUCGACGCGCGCGAAAGGCAAGUGGGGUCUGCUCCAGUCGGCCGUCAAGGAUGCCAAGAUCACGAACGACGAUCCAUCGCUCGUGGGCAAAACGCUGGUGCUGCCGUCGGCGUCGGGCCCGCGUGUCGACGCGACGCGCGUCCUCGCGAUGAAGGUGUCGGAUUUUGCGCUCAACGUGUCGAAAGAUGACAUUGGUCUCUUUGCCGCCAUCCAAGCGCGUGUCGGCGCGGCCCGGGGCGCCACCGACAUGGAUGUGGCCGCCACGGCGGCGCGGGACGCUCGCAUUCACCUCCAGCGGGCCGCGCGCCUCGAGGCGGAGAACAUGGCGCGGCUCCAAAGACAGUUUACGUUGCUGGACAAGGACGGCGGCGGCACGUUGGACCACGACGAGAUCUUUGGCUUGCUCGAGACGCUCGUCAAGGACCUCGGGUUGACUUUUGAUGAGAUGAAGGCGUGCGAGACGGCGCUGCUCAACAUGGUCGACGCCGAUCGCAGCGGCGACAUUUCGUUUGACGAGUUUCAAGCCGCGUUGGACCGCGACACGAUCCACUAUAGCAUGCUGCACCAAGGCGCCUUGCCGCUGACGGGCGCCGAGUACAUCCACCCGAAGCUCAACCGCAGCCACGUCCCGUCGGUGGAUCCCCACAGCGGCAAAGCCGUGCACUUGGCCGAGAACGCGCGCUUGAUGGUGUUUUGGACCAAGUACGUCGAGCAGACGGGCGCGACCAAGAGCUCGCUGAAUGGGCAGUCGGCGCGCGUCGUCCAGCAAAAGAUGGUGCGGACGUUCAAGUCGUACGAGUUUGCGCAAGAAGCGUGGACGCGGCUCGUAAACCCGGCGCUGGCCAAGCCGUCGGAGCAGAGCCCGUGGCUCCUUCUGCCAUCGCACGUCAUGGGCGCGGGCGCGGCGGCCUUUGAAGGGCUCUUCAACCAGCACGCGAGCUCGGUUGCCAAGUCGGUCGCGCAGCUCGAAGCCGCGCCGACGACGACGAUCAACGCGCCGGUGUUUGAGCAGACGCCGGUGUUUGUCGCAACGUCGGUGUCGACGUCGUUUGGCGGCUUUUACUUUCGCGUCGUCGACAGUCUCCUGCCGGCGCACGUGCCGGCGCUCGAGCUCGCGUUUGAAGAGGUCAAGAUCCACGGCGAUUGCCGCAUGUACGAAGGCGACGACACCGAUGCAGCCAAGCGCGCGCUCAAUGUCGGCACGGGCAGCCUCUGCGGGUCGAUCUACUGCAAGUAUUACAACACGAAAGCGCGCCAGCUCGAGCCGUUCAUCGAGUACUACCCACUCCGCGCCGUGCUCAAGAAGGACGUGGGCGGCGACCUCGCGUGCUACGUCGUCUCGGACCACUACCUCCAUAUCAACCUCACGUCGGCCUUUAUGAACGCGGUCAAUGCGACGACGGCUGCCUUUUACGAGUCAGACGUCGUCGGGUCCAAGGAGCGCGAGCACGUCAAGGUCCUCGGCGGUCUCUGCUGGAUGCACAACGAACUCGGGUCGCCACUGACGUAUGCGAUCGAGCUCGUGGGCGACAAAUCCAAGCUGCUUUCGGACCGAAUGGAGCUGCGCCAGGACGAGUACCUUUUGUGCAAGCUCAAGGAAGAGGAGAGCGCCAUGAAGGGCGAGCUCCAAGACAACAUGAAGGAGAAGGAGAUGCGCAAGGCCUUCCGCGACGCCGACGCCGACGAGAGCGGCGAGCUCGAAGCCCACGAAGUCCGCAGCGUGCUCCAAAGCGUGCUCAAGUCGUAUGCGUCGCUCUCGGACGCCGACCUUGAAGACCAAGUGUCGGCGUUCAUGGCGCUUGCCGAUACCGACAACUCGGGGCAAGUGAGCUGGAAGGAGUUUCAAGUCGCGUUGGCCAAGACGCGCGUCGUGACGCAGCGCACGUUGCGGCUGGAGGUCCCCGGGUUCGAGCCCAUCACGGGCAUUCCGCUGGACGUGCUCGGGCAAGACAUGAUUCUCGAUCUCGUGCCGAUCAUUUCGGACGCGCCGUUUGAUUCGGACGAGGCCAAGUACGAGGCUGCGGUGGCGUAUCUCAACCAAGACGACCCGAGUCUGGAUGAUAUUACGCGGGCGGUGCACCUCCUGCGGCAGCUGCCAUCGACGUUCAAGUGGACAGCCUCGUACCUCUCGACGUAUCGCGCGUCGUAUUUGCCACGGCUCCUGGCCGUGCACAUUAGCGUCGACUCGACGUAUGGCAUGACGGUGACCAUUUCGACGGCCGAGUGCAUCCGCAACGCAACGUCCAAGCUCACGCAGAUAGUCUUGUUUAAUGCGGACGGCGACGUGUCGUGGCACAACCCAGCACAAGCCAACAGCGAGCGCUUCUUUGACGUCCAUGGCCAGUCGCUCCUCCGGAUUCCACUGCCGCUGCUGGAGCACGGAUCGUUUGCGAUUCGCCAGGUCGGCGAAGUCGAGUGGAGCAAUGCCCUCCCGCUCUCGGUGACGCCCGGUCGGUCACUCGCGUCGCCGUUGACCAACUACCUCGACAUUGACGGGCAGCCGACGACGAUCGAGUGCCACAAGGGCACGUGGGCCAUUCACCUCUGGCCGCAACUCGUCGUGCGAAACACGCUGCCGUGCGACGUCGAGUACCAGAUUGUGCAAGCCUCGGACGUCCCAGGCCUCGUGCUGCCACCGUCGACGCGUCGCUCGCUGCCGCCGUCGGGGCGCCGGCCCUCGAACGGGUCGAUCGGGUCGCUGGCGUCGAUGCAAUCGUCGCGCUCGAUGACGGCGCCGACGAUCAAGGUCAAGAAAAUCAAGGACCCGGACGCAGCGACCCUUUUCCCUUGGUUUGCGCAUGUGAACGAUGUGAACGCCCGCUGCGGGCGCAUUGAGAGCGGUCGGUCGAUGCAGAUCUCGGGGCUCGACCUCGACGCGUCGGCCUACAUGCGGGUGCGCUUGGCGGUGCCGGGCGCGGCGCCGGCGACCAAGCACUGGUCGGCGCCCUUCCCGGUGCGCGUGCAGCUGUCCAAGAAGCAGUACGCGGCAUCGGCAGACAUUGCGGUGGCGCCCGGUGACGCGCCGACGGUCCGCGUCGCGCAAUCGUGGGACAGUGUCCGGACGGUCGACAUUUUCGCGCCGUACUGGGUCCAGAACCACUCGGGACUCGAACUCAAGCUCAAGGUGCACCACGGCAGCUUUUGCUCGCAGGACGGCCACGUUUCGUACUUUGGCGAGCACUUUGAUAAGGUGCCACUGCUGCUCGUGGCGCCGGAGAAGGCGAGUCUAUCGCUGCAGCCGGUGGCCGAGACGCCGCCGCAGCACGACCACCAGUCGGCACUGGCGACCCAUGUGCGCAAGUACCUCCCCGAUUUCAAGCGCGUGCCGUUCUCGGACGCGAUCGACUUGGCCGCGGUCGGGACGCGGGCGCAAGUGUCGUGCGGGCUCACGAUGUGCGUCCUCGGCUACGAGAUUCUGGCGGCGCCAGGGCAGUUCCAGCACACGAAGAUUCUCCGGCUCGUGCCCCGGUUCAUCAUCAAGAACGACGUCGGGCGGCCGCUGCAGCUGACGCCGCUCACGCUGCACAAAGGCGCGCCGUCGCACCUCCCGGUGGAAACCGCCAAGAUCAACGUCGGCCUCAAGCCCGAGAGUGCGCUCAUCGUGUACAAGUUUGUCGGCAAGGACAGCCACGUGCCGGGUGUUCGUCUCCGCGAUGCGCUCGUGGUUAGCCCGACCCUCAAUGAACCCGGGCCGUGGGGGCCAACGCUGCCCUUGGCGGACAAGUCGGUCGCGAGCAUGUGGCUGCGUGGCCCGCUCAGCGACGCGCCGAUCGUCGAGCUCGACGUGCAGCCCGACGGCCUCUCGACGUUUGUGACGCUGCGCGACCGGACGCGGAACCCGGAGCUUCGCAUUGAGAACCGGUCGACGCAGUAUGCGAUUCGGUACGCGCAGCUCGGAGUCAAGCACGCGGAAGAGAUUGUGUUGCCGCCGCGGUCGUGGCACUCGUAUGCAUGGGACAUGCCGAUUGGCAAGGACGUUCGGCUCAAGGUGUAUGUGGGCUCGUCGCGCGUGCCGGUUCUUGUCGAGAUGCAGUCGGUGCACCGACUCGAGCGACUCACGCCGGACGAUGGCCACGUCUAUCUGCACGGCGAAGUGUACAUUGACGGUAUCACGCGCGUCUUGGCCGUUGGCGACGGACCGGUCUACCACCACGACCGGCGGACGCUUGUGCCCGACGUGCUCUUUGACAUGGCGCUGGAAGUGGGGCUCCACGGCCUCGGAGUCACGAUCGUCGACGAGAGCCCGCGCGAGAUCAUGAACAUUACGAUGGAAGGGCUGCGCAUGCUCUCGCCGGCGCACUCGCACAAGACAACGUAUGAGCUGCAUCAUAUGCAGCUGGACGACAUGACGCCACACACCAUGUACCCGAUCUUUCUGGCGCCGAUCGACUCUGGAUUCAACAGCCACAAGCGCGAAGGCUGGCGCGCCGAGCACGGCGAGCACCCGUGGUUGCACGUGGUCAUUGACUCGUACUAUGACGGCGACAUGCUCAUUGUCGACGAGCUCUCGGCCACCAUUGGGUCGCUCGCGCUCAAGGUCAACUUGGAUUACGCGUUGCACGUGCUGGACAUCAUCUACAGCCUGCUCUGGCCGCCGCAAACCCAUGACGAGAUGGUCUUAGCGGGUGUCACGGCGUCGUCCGAGCUCUUGGCGCAUCGUGUGAUAUGGCCCGACCCGUCGACGCUCGGCCAAAACAUGUAUGUGCGCGAGUGCUCGUUUUCGGCGUACGUCUUGCAGCUCUUUUUCAAUUCGGACCCGGACGCGGCCAACUCGUACCUGCUCUCGCUCCUCGGCAACACGGCCGGGAGCAUCCUCGGCGGGAUCGCCCACGUGACGCCCGAGUUUGCGAUCCACCCGCUGCGCAUGGCCGACAAGUUUGUGUACAAGGACGACUUGAUUUACAACAUCAUUCUCUGGGACAGCCUCAUUGGCAACAUGCUCGGGCAGUGGUACAAGGUGGUCGGCAGCCUCGAGCUCAUGGGCGACCCCGUCGGCCUCUUGAACGAGAUCACGGACGGCCUUGCGCUCGCGGCCCGCCAGACAAAGCGCGAUUUCAAGGGCGAGUCGGACAAGAAGGGCCAAGGCGCGGUCAUCCUCAUGCAGACGCUGGUCGGCGCGCCGUCCGAUGCGAUCGGCAAGGCAGCGAACGGCUUUGGCGACAUUUUGAAAAAGGCCACGUACUUUGAAAACCAAGAAGCUGACCACGAGCCACGACACGUGCCCGAAGGCCUCCUGCAAGGCGGCGUCCUCCUCGGAAAGUCGCUUGUCAACGGCGUCUCGGGCCUCGUGACCAAGCCCAUGCAAGGGGCGAAAGACGAUGGCUUCAAGGGCUUUGCCAAGGGCGUCGGCCAAGGCACGCUGGGCCUCGUCGCGUCGCCGUUGAUUGGGACGCUCGGUGUCAUUGAGAAGCUCUCGCAGAGCGUUCACAACACGACGCACCUCAUGGACGACAAGGACUAUGACGGCACGCGGCGCAUUGCCCGCAAGCUCGACGCGGCGCCGCUCAAGUCGCUCUCCGAGUCCAACAUCAUUUCCGAGAUGGAAGUUCGCAUCGACCGUGUCACGGGCCUCGCGAUGAACUACAGCGUCCAGGUCUAUGUGCAGCUGGUCGAGCUCGAUGGCGACGGCGUCCCGAGCCGCCUCGUCGACAAGUUCAAGACGGACACGCUGCGCAACACGGCCGCGCCGCGCUUCAACCAGUCGCGCGUCGUCGACGUGACGUCGGUGGACAUGGCACUGCUCUUCGUCGUCGCCCACAAGCGCAAGCCGAUACCAAAGAAGAUUCUCGGCACGCUCAAGCUCUCGAUCGAAGACGUGUACAAGCACUUUCACGCAAUGCCGUCCCGCUUCAAGUCGAGUACGCUCGUCAAGGAGAAGCUCAAGUCGCGCAAGGUGCACGACGGCAGCCUCUUUACGAACGCCGUCCUCGGCGACGCUGACGAAGCCGACGCCACGGCAGCGAAACGACAGAAGAAGAAGAAGAAGGUGCCGACGUCUGCGUCAUCCACCGCGCCGCUCUCGACGAAUUCCGAGCCGGCGUGGGAAACCACGUUCAAUCGCGCGAGCACACUUGGCAGCGAGAUGCUGCUCGCAGACGCCAAGGACGACGACGACCGCGCCGAGUCGGACGCCAAGGCGCCGAGCACGGAACCGCUGGCGUUUGAGCUGGAGGCCGUCGAGGGCAAGCCCAAGAUUUGGCUCGACAUCAAGUACCUCAACUCGAUGCGCACGUAG